ACGUGGGCCCCAAACCGGACGACUGAACGUGCUUCCUCCGGCUAAGCCCCACCUCCGCUUUUCCAUGCAUUGGCGCGCUUCGCCGCUCAGUGGCCGUGGCUCUCUGCUCCUCCCCGGGUGGCGGAUUCACUGUAGCGGGCUGCAAGCGGACACACGGCAGGCAUGAGUGCGGCGGGUACUGCUCCGCCCGGUUCGGCGGCGGUUCACGUCCAGCAAGGGCUGAAAGAGGCUCUUAUCGAGACGCUGACGGCCAUCCUGUCCCCGGUCCAAGAAGUCCGCGCCGCUGCGGAGGAGCAGAUCAAAGUGCUGGAAGUGACUGAGGAGUUUGGCGUCCACCUGGCAGAACUCACGGUCGACCCUCAAGGAGCACUCGCCAUCCGUCAGCUGGCUUCCGUCAUCUUGAAACAAUAUGUGGAGACUCACUGGUGUUCCCAGUCCGAGAAGUUCAGGCCUCCUGAAACCUCCGAUCAGGCCAAAGCUGCCAUCAGGGCGCUGCUGCCCAGCGGGUUGCGGGAGUCGAUCAGCAAAGUUCGCUCCAGCGUCGCCUACGCUGUGUCAGCCAUCGCCCACUGGGACUGGCCCGAGGCGUGGCCGCAGCUCUUCACGCUCCUGAUGGAGAUGCUGGUCAGCGGAGACGUCAACGCCGUUCACGGGGCCAUGAGGGUCCUCACGGAGUUCACUCGCGAGGUGACGGACACGCAGAUGCCGCUGGUGGCUCCCGUCAUCUUACCCGAGAUGUACAAGAUCUUUACCAUGGCCGAGGUUUACAGCAUCCGCACCCGCUCCAGAGCCGUGGAGAUAUUCACCACCUGCGCCAACCUCAUCUGCGCUAUUGAGGAGCUGGAAAAGGGCGCAGCCAAAGCCUUGAUCUUCCCGGUGGUGCAGCAGUUUACAGAGGCGUUCGUGCAGGCCCUGCAGAUGCCUGAUGGACCCUCAUCUGAUAGCGGCCUGAAAAUGGAGGUCCUCAAGGCAGUCACAGCGUUGGUGAAGAACUUCCCCAAACCCAUGGUCGGGUUGCUUACUUAUGUCCGAACAGAAGUCAACUACACAGAGGAAGUGGAGGACCCCAUCGACUCAGACGGUGAGGUUCUGGGCUUUGAGAAUCUGGUUUUCAGCAUCUUCGAGUUUGUGCACACCCUGCUGGAGAACAACAAGUUCAAGAGCACGGUGCGGAAGGCCCUGCCCGAACUCAUCUACUACAUCAUCCUGUACAUGCAGAUCACGGAGGACCAGAUCAAAGUCUGGACUGCAAACCCGCAGCAGUUUGUGGAGGAUGAGGAUGACGACACCUUCUCCUACUCUGUCAGGAUAUCCGCUCAGGACCUUCUGCUGGCUGUGGCUGCAGAGUUUCAGAACGAGAGUGCAGCUGCGCUGGCGGCAGCAGCCACCAGACACCUCCAGGAGGCAGAGCAGGCCAGAAACGCCGGCAACGAGCACUGGUGGAAGAUCCACGAGGCCUGCAUGCUGGCCCUCGGCUCAGUGAAGACCAUCAUCACAGAGAACGUAAAGAAUGGCCGUAUCCAGUUUGACAUGCACGGGUUUCUGGCCAGCGUCAUCCUUGCCGAUCUAAACCUGGCAGCGGCGUCGCCGUUCCUCCUGGGCCGGGCUCUGUGGGCGGCCAGUCGCUUCACGGCAGCCAUGUCCCCUGAGCUCAUCCAGCAGUUCCUCCAGGCCACCGUCAGCGGCCUCCACGACAGCCAGCCGCCGUCCGUCCGCAUCUCUGCUGUCAGGGCCAUCUGGGGCUACUGUGAUCAGCUGAAGCUGUCGGAGAGCACCCACGUUCUGCAGCCCUUCCUGCCCAGCAUCCUGGAGGGCCUGGUCCAGCUGGCCGCCCAGUUCAGCUCCGAGGUGCUGACCCUGGUGAUGGAGACGCUGUGCAUCGUGUGCACCGUCGACCCCGCCUUCACCACCAGCGCCGAGAACAAGAUCUGCCCCCUCACCAUUGCUAUUUUCCUGAAAUACAACAAUGACCCUGUGGUGGCCUCCCUGGCGCAGGACAUCUUUAAGGAACUGGCCCAGAUCGAAGGCUGUCAGGGCCCCAUGCAGAUGCGCCUCAUCCCCACGCUGGUCAGCAUCAUGCAGGCCCCCCCGGACAAAAUCCCCACAGGACUUUGUGCUACCUCCAUAGAUAUUCUAACUACUGUGGUCCGAAACACGAAGGCCCCCCUGUCUGAGAUGCUGGUGUGUCAGGCGUUCCCCGUGGUGGCCCAGUGCACGUUACGCACCGACGACAACACCAUCAUGCAGAACGGAGGCGAGUGUCUGCGAGCGUACGUGUCCGUCGCCCUGGAGCAGAUUGCCCAGUGGAGGGACGAGCAGGGAAACAGCGGCCUGUGGUACGUGAUGCAGGUGGUCAACCAGCUGCUGGACCCCCGCACCUCCGAGUUCACGGCGGCCUUCGUGGGCAGGCUGGUGUCCACGCUGAUCUCGCGGGCGGGAACGGAGCUCGGGGAGCAGCUGGACCAGAUCCUCCGCGCAAUUCUGAGCAAAAUGCAGCAGGCCGAGACCCUGAGUGUCAUGCAGUCUCUGAUCAUGGUGUUUGCCCACCUGGUUCACUCCCAGCUGGAGCCUCUGCUGGAGUUCCUGUGCAGCUUGCCGGGGCCGACCGGAAAGCCCGCCCUGGAGUUCGUUAUGACAGAGUGGAUGAGCAGGCAGCAUCUUUUCUACGGACAAUACGAGGGCAAAGUCAGGUCAGUGCGCUGGAACGCCGGAGCCCCACCUGCAGCCAAAGCUGCUUUUAGAGCCCGGCGGCUUACCGUUGCUCUGUGCAAGCUGCUGCAACACGGUCUCAACACUGAUGACAAGCGCCUCCAAGACAUCAUGGUGAAAGGAGAGGAGCUUUACAACCCCGACGACGGCAUCCGCACCCGCUCCAAAUCUGCCAAGAACCCAGAGCGUUGGACCAACAUCCCUUUGCUCGUAAAGGUCUUUAAGCUCAUCAUCAAUGAGCUCUCGACUGUGGUGGAGGCCAACGCCAGCAGGGCCAACGCGGCAGACUGGAGCCAGGAUUCCAGCGGGAUGUGGGACGACCAGGAGGGGGAAGAGGGGGAAGAUGAUGAUGAGGAUGAAGGACUGGCAGGACAGCUACUCUCUGAUCUCAUUGCCUCAAACAAAUACGACGAUGAUUAUUAUGAGGAUGAUGAUGAGGAUGAUCCAGAUGCCUUGAAAGACCCCAUAUAUCAAAUUGAUCUGCAGGCUUACCUGACGGAUUUCCUGACACAGUUUGCCCAGCAGCCAUGUUACAGCAUGUUCUCAGGUCACCUCAACAACACUGAGAGACAGACCCUGCAGUCGAUAGGACUCUAGCCCCGCCAGUCCACCACGCUGUCAUCUUCCACCAACAGCCCCCUGAAGCAACGCUCAGUCGCCCUGUCACUUUACUUUAAUUAUGGUGAAUUUGCUGGAUGGUUAAAGGACAGAGGAAGAAAGGUGGCAGGAGGGGAGCAGAGUGGGAAGAGGCUCAAGCACUUACCCGUGACUCCCGUGUUUCUUCAGAUGUGAGACAGGAUCAAUUAUUUCCAGACGUCCGAAUGAGGACGAUGGAAAUGGAGAAGGAGCCUCAGGCCUGUCGGACGUCUUCCCGUUUACCAGUCGCUUUAAACUGGACGAGUGGGUUAGAACACCUGAACGGAGGGAAGACGGGUCGCGUCCUGUUUGAAAUCAUCCCGUCAUUUUUGUGUUUCUGUGUUAACUGUGAAAUGCAAGAUGAAAACCGAUUCCAAGAGACUUUAAACAAUUAUCGAAGGAGAAGAAAACCCCACCAAACGUGACGCUUGAGACUAAUCAUUGGCGGCCUUAUGUUCCAGAAAACAAUGACUGUCUCUGAAUGGAAAUUGAAAGCUUUUUGAUCAGCUGUCAUAUCUGGGAUACAGUGGGUAUUUGGGAAUUCACUGUUGCCAUGGUGAUUCACAGCUGUGUCAUAUCCUUGUAUUCAUUCAAAUUUAGAGUGAAAAUUUCUGAAUAAAAGUCAACAUUUCCAGAAUGUUUUUUCUUCUUUUCUCUUUUUGUUUUUU